CUGUAGAGCCAGGGAUAUCUUCACAGGUCGACUUGGGAUGUGUCGAUGUUGUUUGCUGCACUCGGCCUGUGAGUGAAUUCCCCUUUGGUUUUCUUGCAGUUGACCUAAGUAUACCAGAUUCGUCUUUAACAACCGCUGGUAUUCCUGAUGGUGUUGGUGCAUCUACUGCUGGUCUUCCAAAUCAAGCUAUGACAACUGCUGGUCUUCCAAAUCAACCUGUAACAACUGCUGGUCUUCCAAAUCAAGCUAUAACAACUGCUGGUCUUCCAAAUCAACCUGUAACAACUGCUGGUCUUCCAAAUCAAGCUAUAACAACUGCUGGUCUUCCAAAUCAAGUAACGACUGCUGUUCUUCCAAAUCAAGUUAUAACAACUGCUGGUCUUCCGAAUCAACCUGUAACAACUGCUGGUCUUCCGAAUCAAGCUAUAACGACUGCUGGUCUUCCAAAUCAGGCUAUAACAACUGCUGGUCUUCCAAAUCAACCUAUAACAACUGCCGAUCUUCCAAAUCAAGCUAUAACAACUGCUGGUCUUCCAAAUCAAGCUAUAACAACUGCUGGUCUUCCAAAUCAACCUAUAACAACUGCUGGUCUUCCAAAUCAGGCUAUAACGACUGCUGGUCUUCCGAAUCAAGCUAUAACGACUGCUGGUCUUCCGAAUCAAGCUAUAACAACUGCUGGUCUUCCAAAUCAACCUGUAACAACUGCUGGUCUUCCGAAUUAAGCUAUAGCAACUGCUGGUCUUCCAAAUCAAGCUAUAACAACUGCUGGUCUUCCAAAUCAACCUGUAACAACUGCUGGUCUUCCAAAUCAAGCUAUAACAACUGCUGGUCUUCCAAAUCAAGCUAUAACAACUGCUGGUCUUCCGAAUCAACCUGUAACAACUGCUGGUCUUCCGAAUCAAGCUAUAACAACUGCUGGUCUUCCGAAUCAAGCUAUAACAACUGCUGGUUUUCCAAAUCAAGUUAUAACGACUGCUGGUCUUCCAAAUCAAGCUAUAACGACUGCUGGUCUUCCGAGUCAAGCUAUAACAACUACUGGUCUUCCAAAUCAAGCUAUAACGACUGCUGGUCUUCCGAAUCAAGCUAUAACGACUGCUGGUCUUCCGAAUCAACCUGUAACAACUGCUGGUCUUCCGAAUCAACCUAUAACGACUGCUGGUCUUUCAAAUCAGGCUAUAACAACCGCUGAUCUUCCAAAUCAAGCCAUAACUACUGCUGGUCUUCCAAAUCAGGCUAUAUCAACUGCUGGUCUUCUAAAUCAGGCUAUACUAACUGCUGGUCUUCCAAACCAAGCUGCAACAACUGCUGGUCUUCCAGAUCAAAUUGUCGGACCAUCAAACAUACCUUUACAAGAUGACCCGAUGUCCAUUAACAAUCAAGUCGAAAGCGCACGUGUAAAAAAUAUCAAUUCUACAUCCGCACCUGAUGUCAUGGUUAGGGUCAGUCCUGGACCUAUGUUUUUACCUAUUGUGCUCAGUUUGGCAAUUUUUUCGACAAUGCUUUUUGUUAGCUUCCUUCUUACUGG